CACUCAAAAGCAAAACGUAAACACUCCAUUUUUUCACUCUGUCAUUAGAGAUUAGAGUACGUGUUGUGUGGGGAGGGAGUUGUGAGUGGGUCGUAAGGGGUUGCAGCCGGGUUCCGAAUCCAGAUUACAGUUAGGAAGAAGUUAUUUGUUGACGUGGUAGUUGCUUAGUUCAAAAUGCGCCAUCAAAAUUACUUUCUAAAUAUUAUGAAUUUUAAUAUCGUAUUUUUACUAAUAUGCUUAUUGUCUAUACAUGGGUUAGAAGAAGAUAGUUGUUACUCCUACGCAGGUGGAAACAUCUACCCCCAUGGAGUUGGAAGUAGUGUUGACCACAAACUUCAGUUUACAAAAGCAGUUAUUUCAAGGCCAGCCCCAGCAUGGGAGGGGACUGCGGUUGUUAAUGGAGAAUUGACAGCUCUGAAACUUUCAGAUUAUGUGGGGAAAUACUUGGUAUUCUUUUUCUAUCCUUUGGACUUUACAUUUGUUUGUCCCACCGAGAUUCUGGCAUUCAAUGAUCGUAUUGAGGAGUUCCGCAAGAUAAACACGGAGGUGGUUGGUUGCUCUGUGGACUCUCACUUUACCCACCUGGCGUGGAUGAACACGCCCAGGAAGGAGGGAGGUCUGGGUUCACUAAAGAUACCCCUGUUGUCUGAUCUCACUCACAGAAUAGCCAAGGACUAUGGAGUCUACUUAGAGGACCUGGGACACACGCUCAGGGGCUUGUUCAUAAUCGACACGAAGGGUAUACUGCGGCAGAUCACCAUGAACGAUCUGCCUGUGGGUCGGAGUGUAGACGAGACUCUGCGACUAGUACAGGCCUUCCAGUACACGGACAUGCACGGAGAGGUCUGCCCUGCAGGCUGGAAACCUGGUCAGGAUACGAUAAUACCUGAUCCUGAGAAGAAAAAAGAGUUCUUCAAGAAGCAGGUGAGACAAAACUCUGAACUCUAAAUACCAGAGUCACGACAGGAACCAAACAUCACUCAAACAAUUCAACAUCACAUUUUUAAGCAACUGUUAAGACUGAUUCUGUUUCUUUCUAUUAUGUAGUCUUACUCUGACAGGGUUCUAAUAAAUCAGUAUGUGUAUUUUUAUAAUUGGUGUAUGUAGUCUUAGUUCUUCGUAGUUUUCCAUUAAUAACACCAGAAUUAUUCUACAUUGAGUUGUUAUUUUUUUAAAUGACUGUGAUUGGUUAAUUUAUAAUAAUCCUAACUUAAAGUUAUGUGAGAAUAUAUGGAAAUAAAAUCACUUUUAUGGACUAAAAAAAUGACAGUUAAGAAAAAAUAAUUAGUGGUUCUGACUUUCCAGAACAUAAACUCCAGAGUGUUUUUAAUUUAAUACAAAUAAAGUUUUAUUCGUUAAUUAUCAUUAUUUAUUGUUGUGUAUAGUACAGCAGGGAAAAAGUAUUUAAUAUACUUUUAUUUCCCUCUAAAACUGGUUUUAUAUAUUUAAUAAUUUAUUCUCACCAAUCAGUUUUGUUAUGUAUUUGAUCACCAAUACUUAUCUGUUAUCAAGGUGUUUUUUUUUUAGUAAAGAUGUGGUUUUUAAUGACACAAAACAAGGAUAAGGUGAAAUAUUGGAUGUAUUCGUAUUAGUGUAAUGGGAUUCACUCGUACAUUGUUAUGCAUCAUCUUUUAUGGAAUUUUGUUAUUUACGUAGUUGUUGCCUAUUAUUGUCUAUUCUGAUGUGCUGUAUUGUAGUAAUGGAUCAAUGCCUGUUAAAUGCCAUCAAACAAAGAAAGCUAUUUUAUUGUGAUCAUGUAUUAUGUUCACUUUCCACAUGUGCAAUAAAGUUCUACGUGUCCUACAUUCUACAUUCCAUGGAGUGGUUAUAUUGUAAUAGGACUGUUCUUAAAUUGAGUGGCUUAACUCAUUAAUGUUUUAGCCUAACAUAACUAUCAAUUUGAAAAUAAUGUUUGUUUUUAAUAAAAUUGUAUAAAAUGUCAAAUAAGAUUAUAUUGUAAUAAUUGCUUAAUUAGUUUAAGUAGUUAAAAUUAGAGAGAGUUAAUAGUAAAUUAUUUUGUGGACAUAUUUUAUAAAUUACAAUUUAGAUUUUUCUAUGUACAGUUUAAUUUGCAAAAGACUGCCAUUGUUUUUUCAAUUCUUUAAUAACAAUAUAUAUAGAGUGUUCCGUAACUCUCUGGACAAAGGUAUACCACGUUAUUGCUCAGGUCAAGACAAACAUCACAAUAUGAACAUGGGUCUCUGAUGCUUAGUUUCCCAUCUGUCUGUCUGUAUGCGUUUUUUAUUAAAAAAUUAAUAUCUUAAAAACUAAUAAGUUCGAUUAUACCAAAUUCGGUUCAAAUGUUUAUGAUAACAAGGCCAAUUACCGAAAAAAUUAUCAUGAAAUUUUCUUUACUAUUUUCAAAAUGGCUGCUAUUCAACCUUUUAAACUUGAAUAUCUUAAAAACUAGCAGUUUUUCCUCAAGAGUUACAUGAAUAACAGUUUUUAGAGGAUAUUAUCACAAAUCUAAUGACACCAAAAUUAUUUAAAUUGAAUAAUGAAUAACUUAUUUAGAGCAGAUUUACUGUGACAAGACAUGGCCCACAUUGAGGUUCUCAGCGAAUAGCCAAUGAUACAAAAACUAAAUAAACAGCAGCUCUCAAUGUGGGCCAUGUUUUGUCACAGUAAAUCAACAAAAACAACUAGCCGAAUUGGUCCAGUUGUUUUUCAAUACUUUUGCUACACAAAACAUUCAGUGAUUUAUUUUUAUUUAUAAGAUUAAAUUCUUUCAUACAAAGACAUAAUUUUUUAUCAUAAAAUACUAGUUCAGGUGUAAUAAACUAAUGCAUUUCCUCUGUACUUAAUCAAUUCAAGAAUCUUUAUUUUCAUUUAAAAUGUAUUGGCAUAAUUGUAUGUUGUAAUGUAUAUUGUAUGUGAUAAUUGUCAUUGUCAAUAUUCAGAAAACAGACUUACCAAAGUUACAUAAAUUACAAAGUACAAAUAUUUAUUUUCAAAAUGUAUCAAAUUAUUGGAAUCAAACUCCAAUAUCUGUGUUUUAAAAGGAAACUAUAAAACCUCUUUUGUAAGGAUGUCACUGUCAAUUAGAUUAAAGGGUAAUUUGGAAUUUAUAACAUAAUUUAUCUGUGAUUUUAUACAUAAUUUAAUUUUAAAUAAAAACAAAAUUUCUUAUUCA